AUGUCCGUGGACGCGACGAGCUGCUCGACCUCCACAAACGAGCCAGCGACACCGAUGAUGAUGGCAUUCAUACCUCGUACAUGUAAUAGCGAGUUUAUUUGCCUGACGAAAAAAGUCAUGGCUAAAACUUUGUUGUUGAAAAACAAAAGCGCUUGUGUAAGCUCCUCAUUCGUACCUGACAGUUCCAAAGCGAACAUGUUCAACAAGGACCAGACGGCUACGGCCGUCCCGCCAACGGACGACUACGAGAUGUACGCGACGCCCUCGGCUAUGGACGUGCACGAGCCCGGCGAGGCCGAGAUCGUGCGACGCGGGUCCCCGGAUCCUCCCGUCCGACCACCUGUUAGCUCGGACGAAGGCGGGAGCUUCCAGGACAACGUCAUCACGGUGCACGGCUACAUGCACAAACAGGGCAAGCGAAUGAUGAAGGGACCCAUGCACAAGAGCUGGAAGCGACGCUACUUUGCGCUUGAAAAAGCCAAGAUCUACUACUUCCACUCGCAUCUGGAGUGCCGUCAGUACUUCACUACACGUAACACGGACCUAGUGGUAGGUGCCAUCGAGCUGAAGGAUGCGCUGCAGCUGCGUCCGUGUGCACGUCUGGACUUGCCUCACCGAGGUUUUGAGAUCAUGACCAAGCGCCGUGUGUGGGUGUUGUGCCCCGAGACGGACGAGGAGUACCGACUCUGGUUCGAAGGCGUGGAGGAAGCCAUCGUGGCUUGUGGUUCGGGUAACAUCAUCGAGCGAAAACUGCCCAACGUCCGCAAGUACUACAUGAAGGGCAUCACCACGUACCGCACGCUGUACUUCCUCUUCCUGAUCCUCAGCAUCGUCGAGAUCUUUGGCUUCGUCUUCUGGUUCGUCGUGGGUGUUCAACCCUGUGACUCCGGCAACCGGACAUUGGCCUGUGAAGACGUGUACGACAACACUCCCGACGAUCUCAACUGUCGCGCCGACCCCAUGAGCGGCUGGUUCACGCCACCCGACUGGUAUCUGACACUGGCCGGCGUCGACGACGUGGUCUGUUUCCACGACCCGCCCAUUGCUCAGUGGGUGGCGUUCUUCGCUCUCAUUGCCGCAGAAUUGGUGUCUAUUGUGCUCGGUGCACUGUACUACCUCGGCAUGUGGAAGCCUGUGCGUCGUGGCGCCCACUACUUCGAUGAGUUCGACCCCAAGGUGCCCGAUGACUUGUGGCCAAAGAUUGACGUUCUUCUGUGCCACUACUCGGAGCCGGCUGAGGAGACAAUUGACACGUUGAUGGCUUGUAUGAACCUUCAGUACCCGCCUCACCUCGUGCAAAUUUACGUGCUGGACGACGGCUACUGCGGCUCUAAGUGGACCAAGGGUAACCCUGUCCCUGCAAUUGAACUCAACAAGGUGGUGCUCGAAAAGUCUGGUGAUCUACGGCAAGAAGUGGCGCAGUUCAUGUACGACCGUGUGUGUGACCCCAACGAGGACAUGGAGGUGUACGCGUGGCGUAAACUACACUCGUCUGCCAAUCUGCCGUCUCCAUCCCGCCCGAAGGUUGUGAACCGCGCAGAUUGUGCCGUGGGAUCGUUCCGUGACGACUACCGCUACCCCGGUCUGCCGCACGUGACAUAUGUUGGCCGUGUGAAGCCCGAGACGCACUACUCAAAGGCUGGUAACAUCAACAACUGCCUGUAUAAUGAAGGAGCCAAUGGACGUUACAUGCUCCUACUGGACUCGGACAUGCAGCCGCACCCGAAGUUCGUUCUCGCUACGCUCCCGUUCUUUUUCGACGAUGAAGAUCGUCAGUAUAAGAACAAGUACUCGUGCUCGUGCAUGGGUUGCCAGAACGUGGCCAAGAUGUGCUGUGCCUCGUGUAAGAUUGCAGGUGUACCGGAGGAACGUAUCAGCUACUGCUCGAAGGAGUGCUUUGAGAACGCCAUGCACGUGCAGAGCGACUUGCACCGUCGCCAGGUUAAUGGAACCUUGAGCGACGUGCGUGCCACAAAGAAGGAGCUUCGGUGCAUGAACUGCGACUCCAAACUUGGUAAGAGUGGAGUGUGUCGCAAGUGCAACACGAACAACAACAACGGAGAUGCAGACAUGUCGAUCCUGCACACGUACUCGGACGACGUACGUGACAACGCGGUCGGCUUUGUGCAGACACCACAGUACUUCCGUGACUGCGUGCAGCUGCAGAUUGGUGACCCACUUGGUCACCGUAACUCCACGUUCUACGAUGCGAUUCAGACUGGCCAGGAUGGCUACGACUGCGCCUCGUUUGCGGGUACCAACGCUUUGAUUCGUCGUGAGGCUCUGGACUCGAUUGGUGGCAUUCAGUACGGUACUUUGACCGAGGACUGCUACACUGGCGAACGUCUUGUGUCGAUGGGCUGGAAGGCACUGUACUUCCGUAAGGAUUUUGAAGGUGAGGCUGAGGAGCGUAUCCGUCUGGCUGAAGGACUGAUCCCCGACUCGGUGGCUGGAGCCAUGGCACAGCGAAAACGUUGGGCCAAGGGUAACUUCCAGACGGCAUUGAUGAAGAAGAACAAGAACGUGGCUGACCCGGAAUGGAAGCGUCCUCACGUAGAUAUUCCAAAGUACCGCAAGCCCAACAACUUCAUGCGUCGUGUGUUCUACCUCAACUCGACUCUGUACCCGAUCGAUUCCAUCCCUGUGAUCCUUCUGUACUACAUCACGCUGUACUUCCUGUACACUGGCUACGCUCCGAUCUUCGUCAACGGCCUCCGCGUACUUGUUGCACUCGUGCCGAAGCUUAUCGUGCAGGGUCUGUUGUCGGCUAUGAGCACUCGUGGUGUGGAGAACAGCGAUGUGGUGCGCUCACAGGAGACGAGAUUCGUGUACGCCUUUACCAACUUUACGGCCAUGCUCGGCGCUAUCGUGUGGAAGUUCACUGGCCGUAAGUCUAGGUGGCUCAACAAGCGCGAUGCCACGCGUGGAUCGCUAGCGGAGCUGCCGAAUGUGCUGGUGUUCUCUGGCGCUGUGUUCGGUAUCAUCUGGGCUAUGGUGCGCUACAUUGUGGCGUACUACAACCGCGUGUUCUCGCACGGUGACUCCAUGCUGUUAGCCGCCAUGCUCAUGGGUUUUUACAUCGCCUACAACCUGGGACCGAGCGUGCGUAUGAGCAUUCAGGAGUAUUUCGGCUGGAGCUACCAGAGUUUGAUGGACCAGGGUAACUUUAUGGGCUCUAUCUCCAUUGCUGUGGGUCUCAUGUUCAUUGCGCUCUGGGUGCACGUCGAGGAGCCCGCGUCCGGCUAGAGGAGGUGUAUCUAGGUUGAGCCAGCUGUAUAGUAGCGCCGAUGACACUUGGCGUCACUGCUUUUUCAUCUUCCAUUAGUUUGCUUUUUAUGCCAUAUCUCGGCUAAUGAAAUAUGGGUAUAUGGAAA